ACAUUAAUGAUGAACAGGCUAUUUGUUGUUCUCUAUGUAGCAAUAGCAAUGACACUGAAGCUGUUACUACACUGAUCCAUUUAACAGUUACUCUAUUUAUUCUUGUAAACAUCAAAACUCAUUUUUUCUGCAGCCAGAAACAUUUCCUGAGAUGUGGAGUUUCUAGACUGACCUCAUGUGUUGAAACUGGUUCUUGCAUGCACUCCAGAAAUGAAAUAAAACAGGGAGCAGUGGACAGAAAUAGAGCCUUCCCUUUGUUUUGUCAGUUAUGCUUGGCCAUUCCACUAUGGACACACCCAAACUUUGUGCUUGGAAUCAGAGCAGGGUCAGGGUUGGUCACACUGCCUCAGAUGCUGGGAAUCCCUGUAAUGUAUGGGAGUGUUGGUCAGUGACUGUUUUUCCUUGUUUUUUUUUCUUCUUUUUUUAUGUAAAGGGGAUCGGUCCACCAUAAAACUGAACACAAAUCAAGCAAAUAUGUGACAAGCAUAGGGGUAAACAUUUUUGUACUAUAACACUACUUUCACUGUGGCAUUAUAAAUAAAUGUGUAUUAUUUGGCCUCAAAAAAGUACUUAAAUAAGUAUAAAAAAUAGAUUUUUAUGAUGAUAUGUCCUCAUAUGACAACAUAUUUUUUGAUAGUAUAACGUAGCAUCCCAAAAUUAAAUCUUAGGACACUUUUGCCACUGCUUUAAUGUUAAAGUCUGCAGAACUCCAAACUCCAUUGGCAUAACAGCCUGAAAUUGAGCAGACUAAUGAUUAUAUGAAAAAUUCAUUGAGUAAAUUUCUGCUUCUUUUUGUUUUCUUCUCAAAUGUUCUAAUUAUUAACUAAUUAAUCACAAACCAGGGGGAAAAUUAAUUGCAAUUAUUUUUUUUGUUACAGUAUUUGCUGACCACUUAUCUACAAUGAUUUAAAGGUAAAUUUUAAAUAACAAUAUGGAUCAAAUAUUUUUUUUUUCUAAGUGACCAUGGUAUAAGUGGGAUAUUACCCAAUGAAGUGUUUUAACCGACGCCGAGGAAGCCUUGAACCAAUGAGACAAAGUAAAGGGCUGUUUAUUUGUGUGGAUUUAUUAAGUUGCGUUAAUAAAUAUUAACUCAUUAAUUCUUAUUUGAUUAAUCACGUGUGUAAGCAUUAACGUUCAAAACCCCAGUUCGAAUUUUUUAUUAUUUUUUAAUUUUUCUCUUCUGAGUUUUCAUAAGAUUGUACUGAAAUGAUCUAAAAACCGGGAAUAACCUUUUUAGAAACAUAUUUUAAAAAAAAAAAAUAUGAAAAAAUCUUAAAUCUCAAUAGCAAAGCAGGCACUUUUAUUAUAAGUAUGAACAUGUAACAAAUGUACGCAUUAAAUACUUUCUGAUCCACAAGAAUUCACAUUUUAAUAAAACUGAAUAGUUUUUUUUACCCUUUUUCUAAAUUCAACUCUUUCUCUUUAAGAGUUCUUGAAACAUCUGCAGCGUCCCUCUCAUGAACAUUUUUGACUCCUUAUUAAACAAGCUGAUAUAUUGAACUUCAUAGCCAAAGGGUGGAAGAAUGCAGGAGGAUAAACAGUGGCUCACUGCACUUUUACCGGAUCUUUGGUGUUUCAGGGCUUGGAGUCAGGCUGCAUGUCUUUGAUCAUCUACAUUUUUACCAACGAGGGAUCGUUUUCAUAAACACAUGGCUAUGGAGCUAAAUAUCACAAUAAAUCAGUCAUGGUGGCCUGAAAACAGCAGCGUUCUCCCUUCGUUGGAACCAUCAGUCUCUACGGAAUGGGAAAUUAAAUUCAUUCCGCCCUUGAUCUUCACGUUUUCCUUACUAGGACUCGUCUUCAACAGUUUUGUUCUGGCUGUUUUUGCAGCGUACAGGGACCGUUUGACUGUGGCAGAGAUCUAUCUGAGCAACCUGGCCCUGGCGGACUUCGCUCUCCUCUGCUGCCUCCCCUUUUGGGCCAUGAACAUCAUGAACAGAUUCAACUGGCAGUACGGAGACGCCUCAUGCAAGAUAGUCAACUCCGUCAUCAUCGUCAAUUUCUACACCAGCGUCCACACCCUGGUGAUGAUUAGCAUCGAUCGCUAUUUAGCUCUUGUGAAAACCAUGAAGGCCAGGCUCUUCAGGCGGACACUUUAUGCGAAGAUAAUCUGCGUCAUCCUGUGGCUGCUGGCGCUCCUCCUGAGCACGCCGUACAUAGUUCACAGAAAGGUGAAGUUUAUUGAGGAAUACGGGACAAUAUCCUGUGUUUUAGACUACUCUCAUGGCAGCUUCUGGAAGCUUGCCCAUCAGACUCUGAUGAAUGUGGCUGGCUUUAUGCUCCCUGUUCUGGUCAUUGUUUUCUGCAACUGGAAUAUAAUCAGAACUUUGGCUCAGAGAGAGGAAAGGGCCGGCUCUCCCGACUCCGGUGACACAAAAGCAGUAGGGUUGGUGUACGCAGUCACGCUACUGUUUUUAUUGUGCUGGGGUCCGCUUCAGGUCUUCACCUUCCUCGAUUCCCUGAGUGACGUCCAGGUACUGAAUGAGACGUGGUUCCACACGCUGGACGUUGGAAGACAGGUUUCGGGGUAUCUGGCGUUUUUGAACAGCACCCUAAAUCCUCUGCUGUAUGUCUUCUCUGGACAGUACUUUAAAAGGAAGGUGAGCGCCAUCUACCGCAGCGCUCAACGCAGAGGGUCAGACAUGACCAUAUUCCAGCGCUCUGUUGUGUCCACGUACAUCAACAGAACAGAGCAAAUUAAGAAUGUGGUCAUCCCCAACUCAACACAUCAAAUGUGACUCCUUUUUGGUUGUUUACAGAUCCUAUAAACAGGAUAUGACUGAUUCUGUUAUUCUAUGAAGCUAACACAAUUACAAUGCUGUUAUAUAGCAAAGUAGCGCUAUUAGGGAAUGAUUUGUUUCAAUAAUGGAUACAAACAGAGUUAAUGGAUGUCGUGCAUGAAAAGUUUAAGCAGUUUUAUCUCCACAGCCUGUAUAAUUUCACUCAGAUCCGGCAUUGUAGUCACACAAGUGAUUGUUUGUUUGUUUGAUAUGAAAAAUCUAUUUGGCGAUGGAGUCAGAUCCAGGAAAAUGAAAGCUGCUCAAAAUUUACAACAGAGUAUUAGGGCCAAGUUACAAAUGAAACAUUGUAUUUAUUACAACUUUAAAACUUGCAAA